AUGGCUACCGUCCUGCCGCCGCUUUCGAAACGCCAAAAGACAGAGGCCGCCGCUCUCGCUCGCGAACAAAUCACAAUCGAAACCCCGGAAAUCCCAGACGGCACUCAGCGAAUUCAAUUUCGCGAUGCAGACACAGGCGCACCUCAAGGUCCAGUGGUCUCCGUAUCGCUGAAGGACCUCACCCCGAAAAACCUCUCUCUACUACUCAACAGCCUUCUCGGCAAGACCGAACCGGCAGAUCGACUCCCGUACCGCUUCUACAACCCCUUCGAGGAUGGAUCCGGCGAGUUCAGCCAGCAAGAUGUGAUUAGACGGCAUUUGGAGGGCACACACAAUACAGAGUUGUCUUUAGACAUCCCAUGCAGAGCAGAGGCCGUCUUCAAGGUCAAGCCUGUGACGAGAUGCUCAGCAAGCAUAUCGGGACAUGGCGCAAGCAUACUCUGUGCUUCAUUCUCGCCAGCGAGCUCUGCAAGUCUGGCCACAGGAGCGGGGGACUCCACAGCGCGACUAUGGGACUGCGAGACUGGCACUCCGAGACAUAUUCUGAAAGGCCACACAGGAUGGGUGUUGGUGGUAGCGUGGUCGCCUGAUGGUGGACUGCUCGCGACAGGCAGCGGCAACAAGGACAACACUGUCAGAAUAUGGGAUCCCAAGAAAGGCACUCCUUUGGGAGCACCUUUGAAAGGACACACAAAAUCAAUCAUGAGCAUAUCGUGGGAGCCCUAUCAUGUACGGGAGCAGGGACGACCACGACUCGCAUCAGCAUCACAAGACAUGACCAUUCGAAUAUGGGAUGCCGUGAGUGGCCACACAGACAUGGCACUGACCGGUCACAAAGGCGACGUGACUUGUGUGAAGUGGGGUGGAUCUGGUUUGAUUUACUCUUCAUCUCGCGAUCGUACCGUCAAGAUCUGGGAUGCAGCCAAGGGUACCCUUGUCCACAACUUGACUUCACAUGCUCACUGGGUCAAUCACAUUGCCCUUUCCACCGACUUUGUUCUCCGGACUGGCUACUUUGACCACACAGGAACGAAAGGCACUCCUGACUCUGUCGAAGGGAAGCGUAAGAAAGCAAAGCAAAGGUACGACAGCGCGUUGACGACGUCCGGGGGCACCGAACGCUUGGUGACGGUUAGCGAUGAUUGCACCAUGUUUCUAUGGGAGCCGGCCAAGUCUACAAAGCCUUUACAACGUAUGGUCGGACAUCAGAAGACUAUCAACCACGUCGCAUUCUCUGCUGAUGGCGUAUACAUCGCGUCGACAGGCUUUGAUAACCAUGUCAAACUCUGGCAAGCCAAGGAUGGAAAGUUUCUUUACACCUUGCGAGGCCAUGUCGGCAAAGUCUUCCAAUGCGCCUUCUCAGCCGACUCCCGACUUCUGGUGAGCGGUAGUGAGGACUCCACACUCAAGGUGUGGGAUGUGAGGACUGGAAAGCUGCAGGAGAAUCUUCCAGGCCAUCAGGCUAGGGUCUUCGCCGUUGAUUGGUCGCCUGAUGGAGAGCGUGUUGGAAGUGGAGGUGAAGAUAAGGCUGUGCGCAUAUGGCGACACUGA